AUGAGUCUGGUUCCUUACAUGGAUGAUUCGCUUAUACUAAAUGAUCCAACUUCCAAAUCUUUGGUGAUUGUAAACCCAUCUGCAGACAAAUUAGCGGUAUUUGAACAGGUCCAUCCACGAAACUGGUCAAAUGACCCCUACAGCUUGGAAAGCAUUAGAACUAGGAGAAAUCACGAACAUAUUUCUAUUGCCGCCUAUAUUUGCCCUCAGUGUGGUACGGAGAUAAUGAGCUCUAAUCCAGUAGAGCAAAAUAACACCACUACAGGAAGCAACGAAGGCGUAAAUUCCGUUAGAGCUACUAGCGGUGCCACCAAGGCACUUCCAAAUGUGACUUUGUCCUACAAAUAUUUCAAAUUGCUACAAUCAACCCACAAAAGGCAUUCAAUACGUGACUCAACUGAACGGUCAGCAUAUGGGUCUUUCAUACCUGAGGAUCUGUUUAUACCAGGUUAUUUUCAUAAAUUCUUUACUACUUUAUCACUGCUCGGGAAUGGCGCCCGUGGCUCCGUUUUCAAGGUUGUUCAUAAAAUAGGUGAUACCAAUUUGGGUGUAUUUGCUUUGAAAAAGAUUUCCAUCGGGAACGACAUGAAGUGGUUUAACAAAUGCAUCAGAGAAGUUCAGCAUCUAAGUUCCCUAACUCACAAGAGUGCCAAUUUAAUCACGUACAACCAUGUCUGGUUAGAAAUGGAUUCAUCUUAUGGUGUAAAAGUAAACGAAAUGGAAAACGAGAAAAUUCCUUGCUUAUUUAUUCUCCAGCAAUACUGCUCAGGCGGGAAUUUAGAAGACUGUAUCUUAAUUGACGUAUUCAAAAAAUUUCCAGAGAAGGUUUCGACCAUAGAAAGGAAGAAACGAUUCAGGGAAAAAAGAAGGUUGAGAAGUGAGCACCACAAGCCUUCGAAUAUUGGUUUAACCACAGCCCAGAUAGUGUCCAUUUUGCGUGAUAUUGCAAGGGGAUUAAAUGAAUUGCAUGACAUUGGAAUAAUUCACAGAGAUCUGAAACCAUCCAACUGCCUAUUGCUGUCCAAGUAUACUGAGCCGAGCAUAAGUGACUAUGAUGAUGAAAAACCAGAUGAGAAAGUGUUUAAAAGUGUAGAAGGCGAUGCAGCUUUAUUUCCAACUGUGGUAAUAGGAGAUUUAGGUGAAAGCCAGCUUGCUGGGGAAUCACGCUCCGCAACGGGCUGCACAGGCACCCUUGAGUACACGGCCCCUGAGGUAAUAAUCUCCCCCAGUAUAGCAGCAGAAGUUCAAGGGACCGGACGUAGGUAUAAUGAAUAUACAUUCGCAUCAGACAUGUUUUCGCUUGGAAUGAUUUGCUAUUUCAUUGUUUUCGGUAGCUUACCCUUUGCGCCCGAGAUGGAGUUUUCUCGAAUGAAAGAGGAACUGAAAAGGUUCCGAAUUGGAUCCAAAUAUUCUUUGCUCGAAAAACAUGCAUCUAUGAACCUUCUCGGUGUUGAUGAAAGAAUAUUUGAUCUGAUGGAAAUGCUGCUUUCCUUAAACCCCAAAGACAGACCAACUGCAAAGGAGGUAGAGGAGUGCUUAGAACAUAUAUCUCCUACAGAACAAUCUGAAGAAUAUAACGCAGGAUUUGUAUCAAACCAUAACUCUAGUGAUGACUCCGAAUUGGAAACAGCGGAGCAGAUUAUCAAUGAGAAGGGAAGCAGUUACUUGAGUUUGCUCCCCGAUUGUGACAUUUUCGAAAACCCACCAACGCAAACUGGAUUACUUACUUUACCUGAACGUGCUCAAGUUACCAGUUUGAGGGCAAAGAUUACGAGAUUUAUCAAGAGUCGUCAGCUAUUUUAUUUCGUUUUAUCAUGCGGCUGUAUCGCGGCUAACAACUUGAGGAAUCAAGUUCCUAUCUUAUUGAACUACUUUGCAUUGUUUCUGCUUGGGUUAUCCUUACAUUCUUCGAUAAGAACUUGUCAAGUAAUACUACUCAUUGAGGUGACAUUUAUUAUGAUUUCCACAUACUAUGCAAAAAUUUUAUAG